CCAUCCCCAUUCUCUCGAUGGCCGGGUUUUGAUGUCUUGUUUCGUGUCCCUGAUCGCCGGGCAAUUUUCAUCCAAGACCCUUGAAAAUUUUUUAAUUUCUUUUUAGUCCCUGCGUCUUCUCCAUGGAUCCACCUCCACCGUCGCCAUUCCCGGACCUCAACCUCAACCUCGACAUCGUCCCCUUCGUCAAGCUCGAGCCGAAAGAGGAGCCCUUGGAGGAUCUCCCGAUCGCCACCGCCUCAACAGCCGCCGACGCCGCCGAAUGCCUCCUCUCUCCGGAGGAGCACACACCUCUCCAGAAGCUUUCCCCGUCGGAGGACGCUCUCUUCGCCGAGUACCUUCGUCUUACUCGCCUUUUCCUCUCUUCCAUCGAAAGCGGCGCUAGUGGCGGUGCUAUCGUCCCUGCGGAUGGCUCCAGUGCGGCGCCGGCGUCAUCCGCUAUCGUUGCUUCGAAGAAGCGCAAGGCUAGGUCGUCUGAGAUGGUUCGUGUGUCUUCUCUUGGUGUUCGCGAUCAGAUCCAUUUCCGUGAUCUCGUUCGCCACACGCGUAUCACCUUCGAAUCCCUAAGAUUCCUCCUCCUCCGCAACGACGGGUUCUCCGAGGUCUUCGGCCGGCGGACACGCCCAGACCUCAAGGCUGCGGCCCUCAUGACCGAUAAGAACCUCUGGCUCAAUCGCGAUAAGCGUAUCAUUGGUCCCAUUCCUGGUGUUUGCAUCGGCGAUGUCUUCUUCUUUCGGAUGGAGCUUUGCGUUCUCGGACUCCAUGGACAGGUUCAGGCCGGCAUCGACUACGUGCCAUCCACUCGUAGCCCGAGCGGAGAGCCCGUCGCCACCAGCAUCAUCGUCUCUGGAGGGUACGAGGACGAUGACGAUGGUGGGGAGGAGCUUAUCUACACUGGCCAUGGCGGCCGCGACCGUAACAACUUCCGCCAUUCCGUUCAUCAGAAGCUCGAAGGUGGGAACCUCGCACUUGAAAAGAGCCGGCUUUAUGGUAUUGAGAUUAGGGUCAUUCGAGGGAUUAAAUCUGACAGAAGCCCCACGAACAAAGUCUAUGUAUAUGAUGGGCUUUACAAGGUUGUGGACUCUUGGUUUGAUACUGGGAAGUCGGGGUUCGGAGUGUUCAAGUACAGGCUUGUUAGAAUUGAAGGACAGGAGGAGAUGGGCACUGGAAUUCUCAAGCUUGCUGAAGAGUUGAAGGUGAAUCCUUUGACUGCGAGGCCUCGUGGUUACUUGAGCCUUGACAUUUCAAUGAAGAAGGAGAAGUUCCCGGUAAUGCUGUUCAAUGAUAUGGAUGAUGAACGGGAUCCGGUCUACUUUGAGUACCUUGCUCGUCCGCUCUAUCCUCCUUCAGUGUUUGAAGAAAAGAGCCUUCUAGCUGGAGGUAAUGGUUGUGAUUGUGUUACCAAUUGUUCUACGGAUUGCCUUUGUGCUAGAUUGAACGGGGGAGAGCUUCCUUAUGAUUCCAAUGGCUUGCUUUCGAGAGGGAAACCAUUGAUUUAUGAAUGUGGGACUGGAUGUAGGUGUCCUCCAAGUUGCCCAAAUCGUGUGAGCCAGAAGGGAUUGAAGCAUCAACUGGAGAUAUUCCGUUCUAAGGAGACUGGUUGGGGUAUUCGUUCACUGGAUAUGAUUCGUGCCGGGUCUUUUGUUUGUGAGUAUACUGGCAUUGUGCUCACCAAGGAGCAAACUGAGCUGCUUGCUAUGAGUGGAGCGGGUUUGGUGUGGCCUAAUCGGUUUCCGGCCAGGUGGAUGGAGUGGGGGGAUAUAUCUGAUGUCUUCCCGGGUUUUAUGCAACCAAGCUAUCCUGCUUUGCCUGAAUUGAACUUCUCUAUAGACGUCUCCAGGACAAGGAAUGUGGCAAGUUAUUUGAGCCAUAGCAGCACCCCAAAUGUGUUUCUGCAGUGUGUCCUGUUUGAUCACUAUAAUACAUCUUAUCCGCAUCUGAUGAUCUUUGCAAUGGAAAACAUACCUCCUCUCAGAGAAUUGAGCAUUGAUUAUGGGAUAGGCGAGGAAUGGGUAGCGAAACUAACUGUGUAGUGUGCUGCUCCCUAUGUAUUGGUAGCAUUUUCAAGUGUCCUGUGCUUCUUUAUGGAGAAAUGAUGGUGGUGCACCUGCUUUCAUAUAUCGCUAACCAACUAGAGAAUCUUCUGUACUGUUCGGGCGCUGCUGAGGGAUUACAACCGAGUACUGAUGACGUUAUUAAUCAUCUUCAUCGCUCAUGCGAAGUUUUUGAAGGAGAAUGCAAGGAAGGAUCAAAUCAUCAAGAGUCAACCAGCCAUGCAUUCAUUUUGUUAAUGUAUGAAGGUUCGAAAUCGCUGUAAGACUAAUUCUGAAAAAUGGUUGUAGUGUUCUAUGACCGCAAUUAUUAAAGGAGCAUCUGUAAAAUAUAUGUACAUUAUCCAAUCCCAUCUUGUAACCCAAUUAAUCUGCAAAGAAUGUCUACAAACAGGGAUUGCAUAGAUGACUGAAUGCGCAAGUCAUGUUUAUUCUCAAGAAUCUUAACUUUGCUUGAGAUUCAAGAUUUCCGAAACAAGUUAUGUAGAGAUGAUGAGGAAGACUACUUGUUUUCAAUGGAUUUCAAUGGCAGCUCUACUGGUUUAUGUUCUUGUUGUACAUGCGGGAGCAACACAGGCGCGUCUAUGGUCGUCGGACCGCCAAGUGGUUAUGAGAGAUCCCGGAGUCAGAAUAACUUUGCAGUUGUGGCAACCUGAGAUCAUCAAAGAGCCGUCUACGAUGGAGCGUUUGGGAGCUGAAGUUGCAUCUCUUUUAAGAAUGACUUCCUGUUUUUUCUUGUU